UCCAAACAGGUUCACUGCUGCCUGAGUGGAGAGAGAGAGUGAGAGAGAGAGAGGAGGACUUAAACUUCCGGCACCGUCAUGGCGGUACUGUGCUGCUUCUGAUAUGGACAGCAGGAGAAAAGAAUGAGUCGGGUUUCCCCUGAGCGGGUCCUGAGCUCGGGCUGUGAGGAUUAACGGGUCGGAAAGUGCAGGAAGGCGCGGUGUGUGUGUGGCCAUGGCGGCUCACAAACCUGCUGAAUGGGUUCAGGCCGUCAUUAACAGAUUCGACGAGCAGCUUCCAGUCAAAGUUGGGCAACAGAACACGCAUACCAAAGUCAGCACAGAGCACAACAGAGAAUGUCUCAUCAACAUCUCCAAGUACAAGUUCUCGCUGGUCAUCAGUGGCCUCACCAACAUACUGAAGAACGUAAACAAUAUGAGAAUUUUUGGUGAGGCUGCAGAGAAGAAUCUCUAUCUAUCUCAGCUCAUCAUCUUGGACACACUGGAGAAGUGCCUCGCGGGGCAACCGAAGGACAGUAUGCGUCUUGAUGAGACGAUGCUGGUGAAGCAGCUCCUGCCAGAGAUCUGUCACUUCAUCCACACAUACAGAGAGGGCAGCCAGUACGCUGCCGAGCUGCGCAGCUCUGCCUCCGGGGUUCUGUUCUCGCUCAGCUGUAACAACUUCAAUGCCGUCUUCAGCCGCAUCUCCACCCGGUUACAGGAACUGACGGUGUGCUCAGAAGACACGGUGGACGUCCACGAUAUCGAGCUCAUCCGCUACAUUAACGUGGACUGUUCCAAACUCAAAAGACUCCUCCAAGAAACAGUGUUCAAAUUUAAAGCCCUGAAAAAGCCUGCACAGUUGAGCGUCAUCUACAGUCUAGAGAAGGCAUUCUGGAAUUGGGUGGAGAAUUACCCAGACGAGUUCACUAUGCUGUACCAGCGACCACAGACUGACAUGGCUGACUGUGCAGAGAAGCUCUUUGACCUGGUGGACAGUUUUGCCGAGAGUGCGAAGAGGAAGGCAGCUGUGUGGCCGCUGCAGAUCAUCCUCCUCAUCCUCUGUCCCAACAUCAUCCAGGAGCUGUCACGAGAGCCGCUGGAGGACAGCAAGGUCAACAAGAAACUGUUUAUAGAGAGUCUGAGGAAAGCUCUGGCCGGACACGGGGGCAGCAAGCAACUGACGGAGAGCGCAGCCAUCGCCAGCGUCAAACUGUGUAAAGCUUCUACCUAUGUCAACUGGGAGGAUCACGCCGUCAUCUUCCUCCUGGUGCAGUCCAUCGUGGUGGAUCUGAAGGCUCUGCUGUUUAACCCCGCUAAGCCGUUCUCACGUGGUGCAGGCUGUCAGAGCGCAGACAUGGACCUGAUGAUCGACUGCUUCGUCUCCUGCUUCCGCAUCAACCCACACAAUAACCAGCAGUUUAAAGUCUGCUUGGCUUCAUCUUCACCAUCCACCUUCCACUUUGUCUUGGUGAACUCCCUGCACAGAAUCAUCACAAACUCUCCACUUGACUGGUGGCCCAAGAUCGACACUGUGUACUGUUACUCGGGCGAGCUGCGCGUCAUGUUCGCUGAGACGCUGGGCUGCAGCAUUCACACUCCCCUGCGUAUGACGAGUCUGACGUUUAAGGAGAAGGUGACCAGUCUUAAGUUUAAAGAGAAGACCACUGACUUGGACACCAGGAGUCAUAAGUACCUGCUGCUGGCUCUGGUGAAGCUCAUCCAUGCUGACCCCAAGCUCCUGCUGCAUAAUCCAGGGAAACAGGGUCAGGAGAUCCAGAGCAGCACAGCCGAGCUCAUCAAAGGGCUGAUGCAGCUGGUGCCCCUCGCCAACCUGGGGGAAAUUUCCCAAGAGGCCAUGGAGGCUUUGCUGGUCCUGCAUCAGCCAGAAAUCAUCGAGCUGUGGAAUCCUGAUGCUCCCAUGGAGACCUUCUGGGAUAUCAGCUCGCAGGUUCUUUACUUCAUCUGCUCGAAGCUCAUCGGCCACCAGCAGAUCAACAGCACCGAGAUUCUCAAGUGGCUCCGAGAGAUCCUCAUCUGCAGGAACAAGUUUCUCCUCCAGAACAAAGAGCGUGCUGCAACAGGCAGCAGCAUUCCCAUGUGCAGGCAGUCCCAGGCUAAGCUAGAGGUGUGUCUCUACAUGUUCCUGUGGAGCCCAGACAUGGAGGCCGUGCUGGUGGCCAUGUCCUGCUUCAGGCACCUGUGCGAGGAAGCCGACAUCCGCUGUGGUGUGGACGAGGUGCCCGUGCAGACCAUCCUGCCCAACUACAACACCUUCGUGGAGUUUGCUUCCAUCAGCAACAUGCUGGCUACAGGCCGCUCAGCCUUACAGAAGAGAGUGAUGGCUUUGCUCAGGAGGAUUGAGCAUCCCACACCUGGCAACACUGAGGCCUGGGAGGACACGCAUGCGAAAUGGGAACAUGCCACCAAGUUAAUCCUGAACCACCCGAAAACCAAGUUAGAAGACUGUCAGGAAUGGAUCAACAUGACAGGUUUCCUGUGUGCAUUGGGCGGCGUGUGUCUGCAGCAGAGGAAUCCCCCAGGCCCAGCCACCUACAGCCCCCCGAUGGGUCCGCUGAGCGAGCGGAAGUACUCCAUGGUGUCCAUGGGCUCGUGUGAGGGCAAUGCCGAGACGCCGCUCAGUAAGUUCUUGGACCGGCUGCUCUCGCUCAUGGUGUGCAGCCACGAAAAGGGCGUACAGAUUCGCAACAGUGUCAAGGACCUGGUGGGUCUGGAGCUGAGCCCAGCUCUCUACCCCAUGCUCUUCAACAAGCUCAAGAACAGCAUCAGUCGCUUCUUCGAAGCACAAGGACCGGUGCCAAUCAAUGAGACAAACACACAAUUUGUCGAGCAGACCAUCGCCAUAAUGAAGAACCUGUUAGAUAACCACACAGAAGGCAGCUCUGAACAUCUGGGCCAGGCCAGCAUUGAGACCAUGAUGCUCAACCUGGUUAGGUACGUGCGCAUCCUGGGCAACAUGGUCCAUGCCAUCCAGAUCAAAACCAAGCUGUGCCAGCUGGUGGAGGUGAUGAUGGAGCGCAGAGACGAUCUGUCGUUCUGCCAGGAGAUGAAGUUCAGGAAUAAAAUGGUGGAGUAUCUGACAGACUGGGUAAUGGGAAUCUCCAACCAGGCAGCUGAUGAUGAUGUCAAGUGUCUGACGAGGGAUCUGGACCAGGCGAGUAUGGAGGCUGUGGUGUCCCUGCUGGCCGGGUUACCGCUCCAACCGGAGGAAGGAGACGGCGUGGAACUCAUGGAGGCCAAGUCUCAACUCUUCCUUAAGUACUUCACACUCUUUAUGAACCUGCUGAAUGACUGUAGCGAGCCGGAGGACGACGGACAGCAGGUGGCCGGCCGUAAGCGGGGCAUGUCAAGACGCCUGGCGUCUCUGCGCCACUGUACUGUGCUUGCCAUGUCCAACCUGCUCAACGCCAAUGUAGACAGCGGCCUCAUGCACUCCAUCGGUCUGGGCUACCACAAGGACCUGCAGACCCGCGCCACCUUCAUGGAGGUCCUCACCAAAAUUCUGCAGCAGGGCACCGAGUUUGAUACGCUGGCUGAGACGGUGCUGGCUGACCGCUUCGAGAGGCUCGUCGAGCUCGUCACCAUGAUGGGCGAUCAGGGAGAGCUACCCAUCGCCAUGGCGCUGGCCAAUGUGGUGCCUUGUUCUCAGUGGGACGAGCUGGCUCGGGUUCUGGUUACGCUGUUUGACUCGCGUCACCUGCUCUACCAGCUGCUGUGGAACAUGUUUUCUAAGGAGGUUGAGCUUGCUGACUCCAUGCAAACACUCUUCAGAGGGAACAGCCUGGCCAGUAAAAUCAUGACCUUUUGUUUUAAGGUUUAUGGUGCUACAUAUCUGCAGAAACUUCUGGAACCCCUCCUUCGUGGGGUCAUCACGUCUCCUGAGUUGCAGAUGAUCAGUUUCGAGGUGGAUCCCACCAGACUGGACCACAAUGAAGUGUUGGAGGACAACCAGCGUAACCUGCUGACCAUGACGAACCGCUUCUUCCUGGCCAUCAUUAACUCCUCGAGUGAAUUCCCACCCCAGCUGAGGAGUGUGUGUCACUGCCUGUUCCAGGCUACUUGCUACUCUCUACUGCAUAAAGCCACAGUUAAAGAGAAAAAGGAAAGUAAAAAAGGAGGAGGAAUAAAAUCAGUUGUGAGUCAGCGUUUCCCUCAGAAUAGCAUCGGCGCCGUGGGCAGCGCCAUGUUUCUACGUUUCAUCAACCCAGCCAUCGUCUCUCCGUACGAGGCCGGGAUCCUGGAUAAGAAACCUUCUCCGAGAAUAGAGCGAGGACUCAAACUCAUGUCCAAGAUUCUGCAGAGCAUCGCCAACCACGUGUUGUUCACAAAGGAGGAACACAUGAGAUCUUUCAACGACUACGUCAAGAGCAAUUUCGAAGCAGCCAGAAAAUUUUUCUUGGAUAUUGCAUCUGACUGCCCUACCAGCGACUCGGUGAACCACAGCCUGUCGUUUAUCAGUGACGGCAAUGUGCUCGCUCUGCACCGGCUGCUGUGGAACAACCAGGAGAAGAUCGGCCAGUACCUCUCCAGCAACAGGGAUCAUAAAGCAGUGGGUCGACGUCCCUUUGACAAGAUGGCGACUCUCUUGGCCUACCUUGGACCUCCUGAACACAAACCGGUAGCUGACACGCACUGGUCCAGUUUGAACCUCACCACCUCCAAGUUUGAAGAGUUCAUGACCAGGCACCAGGUCCACGAAAAAGAAGAGUUCAAAGCACUGAAAACCCUCAACAUUUUCUACCAAGCGGGAACGUCCAAGAACGGCAACCCCGUCUUCUACUACGUCACCCGCAGGUUCAAAACUGGCCAGAUUAAUGGAGACUUGCUCAUCUACCACGUGCUGCUUACCCUCAAGCCCUACUACGCCAAACCGUAUGAGAUCGUAGUGGACCUGACCCAUGCUGGCCCCAGCAACCGAUUUAAGACCGACUUCCUCUCCAAAUGGUUUGUCGUCUUUCCGGGGUUUGCCUACGAGAACGUAGCAGCCAUCUACAUCUACAACUGUAACACAUGGGUGCGGGAGUACACGAAGUACCACGAGAGGCUCCUCACCGGCUUGAAGGGCAGCAAGAAGCUGCUUUUCAUCGACUCGCCGACGAAGCUGGCUGAGCACAUCGAACUGGAGCAGCAGAAGCUUCCGGCCGCCACGCUGAGCCUGGAGGAGGAUCUCAAGGUGUUUCACAAUGCCCUCAAACUGGCCCACAAGGACACCAAGGUGUCCAUCAAGGUGGGGUCCAAUGCUGUGCAGGUGACCUCGGCAGACCGCACACGUGUCUUGGGCCAGUCGGUCUUCCUUAACGAUAUCUACUACGCCUCGGAGAUCGAGGAGAUCUGCCUGGUGGACGAGAACCAGUUCACGCUGACCAUCGCCAACCAGGGCACGCCGCUCACCUUCAUGCACCAGGAGUGCGAGGCCAUAGUGCACUCCAUCAUUCACAUCCGCACGCGCUGGGAGCUCUCUCAGCCCGACUCCAUCCCACAGCACACCAAGAUCAGGCCCAAGGACGUGCCCGGGACGCUCCUCAACAUCGCGCUUCUCAACCUGGGCAGCUCCGACCCUAGUCUCAGGUCAGCAGCCUAUAAUCUCCUGUGUGCCUUAACCUGCACCUUUAACCUGAAGAUUGAGGGCCAGCUACUGGAGACGUCAGGUCUGUGCAUCCCAGCCAACAACACCCUCUUCAUCGUCUCCAUCAGCAAGACGCUGGCAGCCAACGAGCCCCACCUCACGCUGGAGUUCCUCGAGGAGUGUAUCUCCGGCUUCAGCAAGUCCAGUAUCGAGUUGAAACACCUCUGUCUGGAGUAUAUAACUCCAUGGCUGCUCAACCUGGUCCGCUUCUGUAAGCACAACGACGAUGCCAAGCGCCAGCGGGUCACCGCCAUCCUGGACAAGCUCAUCACUAUGACCAUCAACGAGAAGCAGAUGUACCCGUCCAUCCAGGCCAAGAUCUGGGGAAGCCUGGGCCAAAUCACAGACUUGCUGGACGUGGUGUUGGACAGCUUCAUUAAGACCAGUGCGACAGGAGGACUGGGCUCCAUUAAGGCUGAGGUGAUGGCGGACACCGCUGUGGCUCUGGCCUCUGGCAAUGUCAAACUGGUCUCUAGCAAGGUUAUUAUCCGCAUGUGUAAGAUCAUCGAUAAGACGUGCCUGUCCCCGACUCCAACGCUGGAGCAGCACUUGAUGUGGGACGACAUUGCGAUCUUGGCGCGCUACAUGCUCAUGCUGUCCUUCAACAACCUGCUGGAUGUGGCAGCUCACCUGCCCUACCUGUUUCACGUGGUGACUCUGCUGGUGGCCACAGGGCCGCUCUCGCUGCGAGCCUCCACCCACGGCCUUGUCAUUAACAUCAUCCACUCGCUCUGCACCUGCUCACAGCUCAGCUUUAGCGAAGAGACCAAGCAGGUGUUGAGGCUGAGUCUGACCGAAUUCUCACUACCCAAGUUUUACCUACUGUUCGGCAUCAGUAAAGUCAAGUCUGCAGCCGUCAUAGCGUUCCGCUCCAGCUACAGGGAUCGCUCCUUCUCACCAGGAUCGUACGAGCGAGAGACCUUCGCUCUCUCUUCGCUGGAGACGGUCACAGAGGCUCUGCUGGAGAUCAUGGAGGCUUGCAUGAGGGAUAUUCCAGCGUGUAAAUGGCUUGAUCAGUGGACCGAAUUGGCUCAGAAGUUCGCGUUUCAGUACAACCCUUCUCUACAGCCCCGGGCUUUGGUGGUGUUCGGCUGCAUCAGCAAGCGCAUCACUCACGGUCAGGUCAAACAGAUCAUCCGCAUCCUCAGCAAGGGCCUGGAGAGCUGCUUAAAGGGGCCAGACAGUUACAACAGCCAGGUGCUGAUCGAGGCCACAGUCAUCGCUCUCACCAAGCUGCAGCCCCUGCUUACCAAGGACUCGCCCAUGCACGAGGCCCUGUUCUGGGUGGCCGUAGCAGUCCUGCAGCUAGAUGAGGUGAACCUGUACUCAGCAGGCACGGCCCUGCUGGAGCAGAACCUACACACCCUGGACAGCAUGCACAUCUUCAACGACAAGAGCCCUGAGGAGGUGUUUAUGGAGAUCCGGAAGCCUCUGGAGUGGCACUGCAAGCAGAUGGACCACUUCGUCGGCCUCAACUUUAACUCCAACUUCAACUUUGCACUUGUGGGUCAUCUGCUUAAAGGCUACAGACACCCCUCCCCCACCACUGUGGCCCGGACAGUGCGCAUCCUGCACAUGCUUCUCAGCCUGGUAGGGAAACAUCUCAAGUGUGAUAAGUUCGAGGUCAACACGCAGAGCGUGGCCUACUUGGCUGCUCUGCUCACCGUGUCAGAGGAAGUGCGCAGCCGGUGCAGUCUGAAACACAGGAAGUCUCUGCUCCUCUCCGAUGUUGCCAUGGAGAAUGUUCCUAUGGAGACUUACUCGAUGCAUAACAGUGACCCUAGCUGCAGGACGUUGAGCGAGAACCAUCCAUGGGCGUCUCCUAAAGUUUCAGAGCGCUACUUGGUUGUAAACUACCCCGUCGUGGGCCAGAUCAGCCCUCGGACACGGAAAUCCAUGAGCCUGGACAUGGGCCAGCCGUCUCAGGCCAACACCAAAAAGCUUUUGGGGACGAGAAAAAGCUUCGAGCACUUGAUAUCAGACACUAAAGCACCAAAGAGGCCAGAGAUGGAGUCUGGCAUCACCACGCCUCCCAAAAUGAGGAGAGUGGCUGAGAACGACUACGAAUUAGAAACCCAAAGAAUCUCCCAGCAGCACCACCACCUGAGGAAAGUCUCCGUGUCCGAGUCCAACGUCCUCCUGGACGAGGAGGUCCUCACUGACCCAAAGAUCCAGGCCCUUCUCCUCACCGUGCUGGCAACUCAGGUCAAAAACACGACAGAUGAAUUCGAUCAGAGGAUUCUCUACGAGUUUUUAGCCGAGGCCAGCGUUGUCUUUCCAAAAGUCUUUCCUGUCGUUCACAACCUCCUGGACUCGAAGAUCAACACGCUGCUGUCGAUGUGCCAGGACCCGAACCUGCUGAACCCCGUGCAUGGCAUUGUACAGAGUGUGGUGUACCAUGAGGAGUCACCACCACAGUACCAGCCCUCAUACCUUCAGAGUUUCGGAUUUAAUGGACUCUGGAGAUUUGCCGGGCCUUUUUCAAAGCAAAACCAGAUCCCGGGCUAUGCCGAGCUGAUCGUUAAGUUUCUGGAUGCUCUGAUUGACACCUAUCUGCCCGGGAUUGAUGAGGAAGGUAGCGAGGAGGCGCUGAGGACACCCACGUCUCCGUAUCCACCUCCGGUCCAGAGCCAGCUCAGCAUCACUGCCAACCUCAACCUCUCCAACUCCAUGACCUCACUGGCGACCUCACAACACUCGGCAGGUGUUGAUAAAGAGAACGUGGAGUUGUCUCCGAGCGCGGCGGUUCCCACCAGUGGACGUGCGCGACACGGCUCGGCCAGCCACGUGCAGAAGCAGCGCAGCGCCGGCAGCUUCAAGAGGCCAAGCAUCAAGAAAAUCGUAUGAAAACGGUGUCCUCUGCUGGCCCACACUCCAUGCUGCAUUUCUACUCACACACUCCUUCCUUCUGCUCCUCUUAGUUAGGGUCCCCCCCCCCACCUCCGUUUUCAGCCAUACUUUGCCUGAUGAUCAAUAAAACCACAGGACUAAUGGGAAAAGUUCUCACAUGUUUGGGAACCAGUCAGUGUGUGUUUGAGGAGAAUUUUUCAUAUUUAUAAUGGAACUCUAUCUUCUUUUUUUUUUUUAAAUGCACCUCAACAGCUCUGUUAAUUCUUUUUAUUAAAUACUACAAACCAGGUAUCUAAAGGAAAAGCACUGAAAUUUACAAUUCCAGACUGCAUUUGAGUGUUUUAAAAGCUUUUUUAUGAUUAUGAUUAUUUUUAUUAACUUUUAUGGAAAGUAUUAACCAGGUUGCUCUUUCAGCUCCGUUUAGUCCUGUAACGUUUUUUUUUUUUCUCUACAAGGUUUAUUUCUGCAUACAUUCUGCUUUUCUUAUAGCAAAAGCGUUUUGUUUUUUUCCCUCUAGCAAGUCUUUGGGAACAAAUAGCUCGGUUUUAACACAUGCAGCACACAUUACUGUAUAUUCACAGUAUAAUUUGCACUUGAAUUACAGUGUGUAUGUUUCCAGUCCUGCUCAGGUCCAUGGAUGUGCAGAACUGUUUCUGGACAAUUGAGGGCUAAUGACAUUUUUAAAUAAGUAGAUCAGAUGGAUGGAUGGAUGGAUGGCUUUGCCCAUGGCAGUGUAGGCUUUUUCCCUAAAAAUUGUCUAAACUGUUUUGUUGUAAUAUAUCGGUCUCCAUGAUGAUGAUGAUAUUGCUCAACGCACUAUCUGAUUAUCAACAUCAGACUGAUAGUAAAACAGCACUUGCUCAGAAUGGAACUAGUUCCAUUUUUAUCCACCGCCAUCCUUUUAAUCCAUGAAAUGAAGGCAUGUGAUGCUGACUGAUCAUUUUCUUCUUUUUAUUGCAUAGACAAGUAGCUCGAUUAGAAUCGGUAUUUCCAUUAAACACAUUGUUAGCUGAAACCUAACCAACAACUUUUACAGCAUUUGAUCAGUAUCAGGAGGAAUUGGCUAAUACUCAGAGCGCUGAUGUUGGCACUGUGUCAAAUCAGGGAUGUGUCAAUCAUCUGUCGUGUCAUAUUGGAAAGGGGAUACUUUACAGUCUUUGGUGUGGACACAACACAUCAACAUGGUACUCAGUUGAGUGUUUACAGUGAGUCUAUACUUGAAUUAGCAAGAAAUUGUGAAGCAGUGUCUCCUUGAAAAGAAGAACGUGAAGGAAUGUGAUACUCAUAAUCAUCUGUGAGGAAUUUGUAGCAAAACCAAAGUUGUGGAUAAUGGUGCAAUAUAAUCUAAGCUCAUUCACCAACACUGCGAGUGGGACGAUUGGUGGGACCAAGUCUUAAUUUGCGUCAAGUAUUGAAAUAAACAAGGAUGUUGUGGUAGUUCAGCGUUUUAAAAGUGCAGUUUAUAAUGCUUAAAAAAGCAUCUAAGAUUUCUGAUAGUCCUAAAGUUUCAUGGAAAAUGUAGAGAUGUUGCCGUGCAGGUGCUUUGGCUUGUUUUGGCCUCUUGACCAGGGUGUGUUCUCGCCUCAUGCAUUGUGUUCCUGAGAUGGGCUCUCGAUCCACAACCCUGACCAAGAUUAAUGAAUGAAAGAAACAUGCAAUGCUAUCGAUCAUGCUAAUUUAAUCAUUUCAGGCUUGUGUUAAAGGUUGAAUUUCUGAAUCCUAGAGAGAAGGUUUUGGACAUUUAAUACUCAACUCUGUGUGGGUUUUAUUCUGCCUCAUGUCUAACGAUUUGUGAUUUAAAAAAAAAAGUUAGGUUUACAUGUUUAUCCAUUCAGCAGAUGUUUUUAUCCAAAGUAACUUCAGAAUCCAGAGCAAAGAAGAAAUGCAAAGGAAAGUCAGAACCAUUGAGGCUGUGUUUCUCUGGCAAACGCUGAAUUAUCACCAUCCUUACACAAAAUACUUAAAGUUAGACGGCCUUUCGAUUUCAUAAAAACGGUGAAAUUUAGUUCCCUCUGAAAUUUGAUCAUUGUGAUAUGUUUAUUUCUGUAAUAUCUCACAAAAUAUCAGGCUAUUCUUUGGCUGGGAAUUUAUUUAAUUUGAGGGGAUUCCCGAGCAAAUAAUGUGCAUGAAAUCGCUCGCUUCGUGCAGCCAAGCAGCCAGAGGAAGUCCGUGUGUGAGCGCAUGCGCAGGUUUCCCUUUGAGCGUGCACUGAUGGUUUCCAUCAUUCUGUCGCUAAACGAACAGCUGAUCACACCGAGGUGCUCGCUGACCGCCGAUAUUUAUUAGUUUGGUCCCGAGUUUCCUUUACUUCGUAUAUAACACAACGUCUUUUCUUCUCGCUUUCCGUUACUGUAGUCGGUCUUUCAUGUUUCAUUCGCACACUCACGUCCUCCAUUUUUCUCUCCUGUUUCAAAUUUGUAUCUCACAAUGCCUUGCGCAAACAGGGAAAGCCCACCACGUGAUGCAUGACGUAGUAUCUUGUAUUGGGUCAUGGUGAAGCAGGAAAAAAUAGCGGUGAAUUUCAGGCCAUGUGGCUCUAAAUUCAUUAAUUGCGCUAUUUAAAAAAAAAAACUAAUAAAAUUGGAAGUCUGUGAUUUCGAAUUCAGUAGCUUUCAGUCCACUAAACAAAAAUAACUGGGUGUCAGGGAAAAUUUCUUUUUAUGACCUACACUACACUGAAAAUCUGAAAGGUAGUCUACCUUUAAAUAUGUAAAAGAAUUAUUUUAUUUUUUUUAAUGCAAUCUGCUCUCACAUGCAUACAUGUGAGGUCAUCAACUUCCACUUUGUCCUGUCAAAAGAUUUUUUUUAUUACUUUUUAUUGAUAUGAAUGAACUUUGGUAAGGUGAGAUGGCACUGUGCAGGUUUUAAUGUUGGAGAUGUAUUACUUAUUCAUUCUUUAACGCAUUUAGAUUGUUUUCUUACUAAAAUAUAUUAAGUUAAAUAUCUUUGCUUGAAUGUUAUGUUAGUUUUUUGUAUUCACAUCAGGGCCAAUUAUAUUAAUGAAGCUUUAAAGACAGGUUUGGAUCAGAAAAGAUUAAUUGAUGGAGGACAGAAAGGGUGAAGUGUUAUUAAUCGGAUAACCAUCAGUGUAUGCAGGUAAUAUGGCUUUGCCCUUAUCUUGGGUGUGCGCGCGCGUGUGUGUGUGGUGGGGGUGUGAGUGAGCGACUGUGUUUAGCCAUAGACUUUCACAAUACCUUAACUAGUUAAGUGUAAUUUGCUGAAGUUAUGCAAAACAGAACCUUUUUUCAUCUGUUUCCUGUUUUUUAUCCUUCACAACUGUGCAUAAUUGUGUAAAGAAAAUUGAAAGAGGUAUAUUUACUACACUGUAAAUACAUGUGACAAUAUAUUGUAUUAUUUUGCUUUUUGUACGAGUUCAUUGCUGUAUGUGUACAACAGAAUAUGACUUACUGUUGCAUCGGUAACUGAGACGUCCAUCAUGUUCCCAGCAGUCAUAAAACCUCUGACGAUAAACAGAUGGUUACAAACCGAAGAUCUAGACAAUUGGAAAGAAAAAUGUUGUAUAAUAAAUUCCAGUUACCAUCUGAUUUCAUAUUUACACACCUUACACUAAUAAAGUACAUUCUGUCCA